CGCAUUGAAUAUAAAUAAUGCUUUUAGUUUGAUUGGUACAUUAAAAUAAGUCCGAAGAAAAAACUAUAACAUUCACAUUAUUUUAGUAUAAAAAAAAAUGAAGUUUUGUUUGUUAUUAUUAAUUUUUAUUACAGUUGAUUGUUCAAACAAACAAUGUGGUUAUAAUUUAGAAGUUGCAUGUGAAGCAUUUUUUGAUUGCAUGAAUGGCUGUAAAAAAAUUGAUCCUAACGACAGUCCAAUAUCAAUACGUGAUACACAUCUUCAGUUAUGUAAAGACGGCAAAAAAUACAUCGAUUAUCAAACUACAGUUAAUGAAAUGGUCAAAAAUUUGAAAAGUGCUGUAUGUGAAAAUGAGAACAAACUCAGUGUAGAAGAAUGUAAUAACAGAGUUAAUCAAUGUUCAGAUAAUUUCGCUAAAGUACUACUACAGUUUAAUCCUCGUCAUAAAGACAAAUUUAUUGAUCAUUAUUGAAAUCAAAAUUAUGUUUGAAUCAGUUUUUAUUUAAUAACAAUGACUUCUUAUUUUGUAAUAUUAUUACAAAUAUUGGAUUAAUAAAUAAAUAAAAAUGUACAAA